UAGAACUUAACCAAAAUGUCGGCUAUGUUGUCAGUGUCUGUCAACAAAGUAGAAAACGACUACGCGAUCCGUGAGAGUGGGAAAAUAAAAAUAAUCCGUAUAAGAGUAAACAAAGUCAAUAAAAGUGGCACUCUUGGCACCGUGAAUAUAUUUUUGUCGUAGAUAUAUGAUCCCUGGCCAUUACAAUACAGUAAAUCUAUUAAAAUGUCUGAGAAAGAUAAAUCCAAGGCGAUGGUCCAAACAAAACACAUUCCUAAGGACGCACAAGUUAUCAUGUCUAUUAUGAAGGAGGUUGGUAUCUCAGACUAUGAGCCGCGAGUAGUGAACCAGCUGCUGGAGUUCACUUACCGCUACGUUACCUCAGUAUUAGACGACGCGCGGGUGUUUGCGACCCAUGCUAAGAAGAAGACUAUAGAUCUGGAUGACGUUCGGUUAGCGGUUCAGAUGCAGUUGGACAAGUCUUUCACGAGUCCUCCUCCACGGGAGGUGCUCCUGGAGAUAUCACGAGUUAAAAAUGUCAACCCUCUGCCUCUUAUCAAACCACACUGUGGGUUGAGACUACCGCCUGAUCGUUACUGCCUAUCAGCUUGCAAUUACCGCCUAAAGCAGGCCACCAAGAAAGCAAUAACCAAGACCACGAUCUCAGCUGUACCAUCUCUCAAGACGGUGACAACGCCAAAGCCACCACCUCCUCAGAAUGUGGUGGUAAAGAGACCACCGGGCACCAUUGUCAAUGUCUCCACAUCCAAGCCAACUGUAGUUCCUAAACCUGUUCUCAAAUUCACUUCUGGUAGUAAGGUGGUUGCCAAGCCCGCAGUCAGAGUGACAGCGGGCCCGUCCUCACAUCUCGUCAAAAUGGAGAUUGAUGAACAAACCGCGCAGAAACGGAAGCGAGAAGACGACGACUACGAGACGUAAUUUUAUGGAAAUAAGGAUAAAUUUGUGUAAUUUUUAUGUUAAUUAUAUAUAUAGUGAUAUUUUC